CGAGUGUCGGCCCAUUUUUGAUUAUAUAUUGGGCCGAGCUUGAAAAGCUUUCCUCUUGAACAAGACAAGUCUGCCUCUAUAUACUCAACAGUGGAAGAAUAGCUUUCCUCUUGGGCAAGACAAGAAACUCAAUUCGCAUUUUCAUCUCUCAAAUCUGCGAACGAUCGAAGAAGAUGACGAGAGACAUUGAAGAUGAGAUUCGAGACGAGAAGAAUCCUCGCCCCCUCGACGAAGACGAUAUCGCUCUCCUCAAGACUUACGGGUUAGGGCCUUACUCUGCGCCGAUAAAGAAAGUUGAGAAAGAAAUCAAGGAGCUUGCUAAAAAGAUCAACGAUCUCUGUGGUAUCAAGGAGUCUGAUACUGGUCUAGCUCCUCCCAGUCAGUGGGAUCUCGUUUCUGAUAAGCAGAUGAUGCAAGAGGAGCAACCUCUCCAGGUUGCUAGAUGCACCAAGAUCAUUAGUCCCAACACUGAAGACGCCAAGUACGUCAUUAACGUCAAACAGAUUGCGAAGUUUGUCGUUGGUCUUGGUGAUAAAGUUUCUCCUACUGAUAUUGAAGAAGGCAUGCGCGUUGGAGUUGAUAGGAAUAAGUAUCAGAUUCAGAUUCCUCUACCUCCAAAGAUCGAUCCUAGUGUCACCAUGAUGACUGUCGAAGAGAAACCUGACGUUACUUACAAUGACGUUGGUGGCUGCAAGGAGCAGAUCGAGAAGAUGCGGGAGGUCGUUGAACUGCCAAUGCUUCACCCAGAGAAGUUUGUGAAGCUUGGAAUAGAUCCUCCCAAGGGAGUUCUCUGCUACGGUCCUCCUGGUACCGGUAAAACCCUGUUGGCUAGAGCUGUUGCCAACAGAACCGAUGCUUGCUUUAUCAGGGUUAUUGGUAGUGAGCUUGUUCAGAAGUAUGUCGGUGAAGGUGCUAGGAUGGUUCGUGAACUGUUCCAGAUGGCACGGUCCAAAAAAGCUUGCAUCGUGUUCUUUGAUGAAGUUGAUGCCAUCGGUGGUGCAAGGUUUGACGACGGUGUAGGAGGUGACAACGAAGUCCAGCGUACUAUGCUUGAGAUCGUGAAUCAGCUUGAUGGGUUUGACGCACGUGGUAACAUCAAGGUUCUUAUGGCAACGAACAGGCCUGACACACUGGACCCUGCUCUUUUACGUCCUGGACGUCUUGACCGUAAGGUUGAGUUCGGCUUGCCUGAUCUGGAGAGCAGAACGCAGAUCUUCAAGAUUCACACAAGAACCAUGAACUGCGAGAGAGACAUCCGUUUUGAACUCCUUGCUCGCCUCUGCCCAAACUCAACCGGAGCUGAUAUCCGAAGUGUGUGCACUGAAGCUGGAAUGUAUGCAAUCAGAGCGAGGAGGAAGACAGUAACUGAGAAAGACUUUUUAGAUGCAGUGAACAAAGUUAUCAAGGGUUAUCAGAAGUUCAGUGCAACUCCCAAGUACAUGGUCUACAACUAGUGAGAGAGCGAGAGUGAGAGAGCGAGAGUGAGAGAACUCGAACAUUGUUGUUUGUCCUUUUCCUUCUAUUUUGCAAGAAUUGUUUUGUUUAUUCCAGUUGUCUAAUACGCUUUCACUCCAUAUUUCUCAGUUGUUUCUCUCAAGUCAA